CCGUGACAUUGUGGCUGUUAGUAGAGUGUGUUGAAGCCAAGAAGUUUUGCUGGUAUUUUGAGGAACGAUAUCCUGCAUAUUUUGUGGGAGUGGUUUCUCUACAUUUACAGGGUGGCAGGCGGACGGGAUCCAGCUAGUGCUCAUCAAGACCAAUCAGCGAAGGCCUUUAAUAGGAGCGGCUUCCCUGAGGCAGACGCCAGAUGAUUUUGCUUCUAUAGUGGUACACUCUGGCUCUCUGUGCUGCUGUUACUGUGUUUAACUUGUUCUGAUUCCUCUCUCAUCUAUUCCCUCCUCAGAGAACCAGCCCUGAUCACCCCCUGGUGCUCAGACUACCUAAUUACCUGAUCCUCGCUGCUCUGCUAAAACUAGCUCCUGGAUACCUCCACAACCACCAGCCAGCUGCUGCCUGUCCACCCUCAGUCUCAUGCUGGAACUCCUCCCCCCGGAAAUCCCACACUGCACCGACUGCUGGAAAACCCAUGUACCCACCUCUGCUCAUCCUAACCCUCAGCCAAUGUCGCUCCUAUGAGGACUGCUGUGGAACUCGCUGCUGUGUUAGAGCCUUGUCCAUUCAGAGAUUAUGGGUCCUGCUCAUGAUGGGGGUGUUGUUCUGCUGCGGUGCUGGCUUCUUCAUCCGCAGAAGGAUGUAUCCUUCUCCUCUGAGAGAUGAGCCAACCUUCAAUGUGUCCUUCACCAGGCAACCUGUCACCUCUCCAGUUUCCCAGCAGCCAAGCAGCAUACAGAGCUUUGGGGUGAACAGGAUGGCUGGAGGUGACCCUGGGAUGACAUUGACCCAGGCUGCGUAUCGUUCACAGCCGGGCUCCACCCAGAUGAUGAUGUGGUCCUACCCGCCACCUCCAUCCUACUGUAACCACCCACCGCCACCUUAUGAAAAAAUCAUCCAGAAUGACAACAAGAAGUAGUGUCUUCAAAGCGCUAACCAAGUGGAACAUGAGAAGGGAAGAAGAGUGAUGGAGACAAAGUGCAGCUAAAGCUGAGGAGAACAAGGACCAGUCUGCUGUUUGCAGGUUCAUGCUAACUGACUUUGUGUGAAGACUAAAUGACACAGGUCUACUGUUGAAAAUAAGCACAAAAAUAGACCCACGCACUCUGGUUCUGUUCUAGAACACACACACAGCCUGACUGGAACUCAUCUCACUGCGUCUGUGCAGAGAAAGUCAUGGACCGUUACUAUGGAUUAAAAUGUUGCAGAAACUGGUCUCUCUCCACCAAAAAACAUUAAAAAAAAAAACCUGGAAGGAUGGCACAGGUUUCCCAGCAUGCAACAUGAGCUUCUUCAUCAAUAAGUUAUUGAUGUAUUUUCUUUGUAUAUGAUGAUGACUUGAUGUGGUAGUUGGUGACUAACAUUAAGUGUCACCUAAAGACAUCCUAGUGGUGACAAAAGUGCAGCUCCAGGUGUGGUUGAACUCAUUUUCACUCUUGAGCAUCUUUUUAAUGGAAUGGUUCUGUCUUCCUGUCAUAUUAUCCAUUUGAUUCUUUGUUCAAAGAAAUAAUACAAGAAACUUGUUGAUUUGCGCAGGGAUUAUUAGGAACUGUGAUCCAGUUCCUUGACCCAGUGCAGCUUGAUGCUUUCUUUCCUAGUUUUAUUAAACAAAAAACUAAAGCUUAAGCUGGAGUUCUCUUAUCAAGCCCCUUAGGUGAGGGGGGGUGUUUUAGCCACCGUGUGUCACAGGCUCACUGGAAGAGGGAGGGUGUGAAUUAUAAAUUAGGCCAGUUUGUGAGUUCAAUAAAACCUUUUGUCCCUUAACAUUCAUGUUGAUUCACUUGACUUUUUGGUCUUCAACACCCUCAACAGAACAGCUUGGCCCCUGCCAGGGAUCCUGACUUUUAUCCAUUUUCCUUAACACUAGGAUGAUACAGUUUUCGAGUCCUUCCCAUAUCGGCUCAGCAGGGCCAAUAGG